UGUGGACCUUUUACGCUACGCAUCGGAACGGAACGCUCUCGAACGCACAUCAAGACGUACCUCGCAAUAUUCGUAUGCAUGGUUACCAAGGCUGUGCACAUUGAGGUGGUUGAUGACCUAUCGGCACAGGCCUUUCUAGAUACUUUUACUCGUUUCGUCAGCCGACGCGGUCCCUGCCGGGAUUUAUAUAGUGACAAUGGUACAGCCUUUGUUGGUGCCAACCGACUUUUGAAGGAGGAUCUUGCAGCAUGGCAGGGUGAGAAUAAUCAGCGAUCGUUAGCAGAUUCGGGCACACGUUGGCAUUUCAUCACACCCAGUGCGCCACAUCAAGGAGGCCUCUGGGAGGCUGCUGUGAAGUCCGCUAAGCAUCAUUUGACACGAUGUGUGGGUACGCAGGUCAUGUGGUAUAGACACUAGCCGUAAGAAUAGAGGCCUGUCUCAAUUCCCGUCCUAUAACCCCACUUUACGACGAUCCUGAAGAGAAACUUGAAUUAACCCCAGGUGAUUUCCUGAUUGGGUCGCCACUCCUAGCGGUCCCUGAACCAGAUAUCAAACAUAUUCCUAGCAACCGGCUGAAACAAUGGCAAUGGAUACGUCAAAUUCAACAAGGAUUUUGGAAGCGAUGGAGUGAGGAGUAUCUAACCAUUCUGCAGAGACGCAACAAAUGGUUUCGACGCACGAGGAAUAUAAGGGUGGACGAUAUCGUCCUAGUCAAACAAGAGAACCUGCCUCCCACUCACUGGUGCCUGGGUCGAGUGACAACACUACAUCCCGGAGCGGAUGGAGUGGUCCGCAAUGUCACGUUGAGAACCGCUAGAGGAUACAUGAAACGAGCCAUCCAGAAACUAUGUCUAUUGAUAGAGAAGGAAGAUUUCGAGUCGACCGGGCAGGAUGUUUAGGAUUAUUUACAUUAGUUUAAGAUUAUUUUCUGAUAAUGUCAACUCUAAUCUGGCAAUACUGUCUUAUCUAAGCUUUAUAUUCGUUAUCUCUCUUUUAUCAUUCAUUUGUCUUUAUAAUUAUGUUUGUUUACGCAUACUUAAAGUUACGGUAUUUUAAAUUCCGUUGAACUCCUAUAAAUGUCAGAGGACUUGUGUGUACGACUCUCUUCUCUGAUUGUAACGUCUCUGGUUUGGUGUCAAGCCAGCCGGUCACAAUCGUUAAAAUCCCAAUAAAGCAUUGAGAACUCUACCCGCUGGUAAUUUAAUUAUUUAACAGUAUCUGUGAAAAUAAUUUAAAGUUCCAAAGUCAGAAUAAUAUUCUACUGUAGCAAAACGCCUGAAGUAAGAGUUAACAAAAUUUUCAAUUGCUGGCAAAUUGCAUUUUAGUUCUUUGAUUUAUAUAAAAAAUCUGUAGCACCAAUGUAGAAAGGUUUUUAAGGGUAAUAUGUUCUUAUAUUAUUAGACAUAAUUGUGAAUUCUUAAUUUGAAUUCGGCAUGUAAAAUAUCAAGAAAAAAAGUAGCAAUGAUAAAAGUCUAAUCUCAAAAUAUCAUUUCAUUGAGAAUAAUAAUUGGCUGUGGAGACAGGGCGUUGUGAAUGAAAAUUUAGAGCGGUUGUCAACAGCAUUGUCAGCAUCGUAAAAAGGUGGCGAAACUAUUGUGAAUGGGACUUUCGCUACUCCUUUAUACCAUGAUUGUCAGUAUAAUUCAUUGUAUAAACCUAGAUUUAUACCAGAGAUGGUAUAAUUGACAAUUUAUUGCAAUAGAAAAGUGUAAUUCAGCUAAAAUACAGUAAAAACAGUAUUGAAAUAAGCCAUAUUUGUUCUGCAUAAGGAUUAAUAAUAUGACUGAAUUACUUAUUGAUCCAAAUAUACGAGUAUGGGUUUUCCUUCCCAUCGUGCUCAUUACGUUUUUUGUCGGUGUUAUUCGACACUACGUCUCUGUUCUAAUAUCCUCUCAAAAGAAAGCUGAAAUUACACAAAUUCAAGAUAGUCAAGCAAUGAUUCGAGCUCGUCUUUUACGUGAAAAUGGCAAAUAUCUCACACCGCUUUCGUUUGCUAUGCGAAAGAAUUUUUUCAAUCACGAAGAAAUUGGCUACUUCAAAACACAAAAACGGGCACCUGUAGCUCAAAAUUCAACUGCUAUGUUAACAGACAUGGUGAAAGGAAACUUUAUAAAUGUUCUACCAAUGGUGAUAAUAGGUGGCUGGAUUAAUUGGAUGUUUUCAGGUUUCGUAACCACGAAAGUGCCCUUUCCACUAACCUUACGUUUUAAACCUAUGUUGCAACGUGGUGUGGAACUUGCUUCCCUAGAUGCUGCUUGGGUAUCGUCAGCUUCAUGGUAUUUCUUAAAUGUCUUCGGUCUUCGAUCUAUUUAUACAUUAGUACUUGGCGAAAAUAACCAAGCAGAUCAAACACAAGCACAAGCAGAUGCAAUGACUGGUGCAGCAAUGACAAUGCCCCAAGAUCCCAAAGCAGCUUUUAAAGCUGAGUGGGAAGCUUUGGAAAUUACCGAAUACCAUAGUGUGUUGAAAAAUGUGGAAAAGGAUCUGUUACACCAUGCAUUCGGGAGCGAUGUGUCAAUUGAGAAUAGUGUUAGACAGUAACUAUAUUGAUCAUAAUGUUUUAAUAUUGUUUAGGAUUGGUGUUUAAUUUGUUUGGGGUUAGUCGCUUAGGAGACGGUGACUACCGAAAUAUAAAUGUAGACAAAAUGCAUAAAGCGAAUAAAUUGGUUUUAUUAAACCAAAUAUUAAAUAUAUAAAAUAA